CCACACCAAGAACACCCCGAGCAACUCUCCUCCCUCCCCUUCCAUCCAUCCAUCCAUCGUUCUCCAAUCGCCAUCACCUUCAUCUGCACGUCUCGCCGGCCCUACGCAACAGCAGGGAGGUACCUCUCGGGAUGAGCCGCAGCAACAAGAAGAGCUCGAGGGGCAUCGACCUGAAGCUGAACCUCUCGCUGCCGGCGAGAGGUGACUCGUCGCCCCGGAGGGCGAUGGCCGACGAGGAGUCGUCACCGAGCUCGUGCCUGUCGUCGGAGAACGAGCACGGCCUGCAGUGGUCCAACAGCCCGGAGGCGACGUCCAUGGUGCUCGCCGCCUGCCCACGCUGCUUCAUCUACGUCAUGCUCCCGCAGGAUGAUCCACGGUGCCCGCAGUGCAAGAGCCCCGUGAUCCUCGACUUCCUGCAGCAGGACAAUGGCAACAACAACGUCAACAGCAAUAGCGGCAGGAAGAGCAGGGGGGGGUGAACUUAAACCCCCCAAAAAGGGGCAACUCUCCAUUUGGCACAAGAGCAACAUCAAGAAAAAGGCGUCUAUAUGAAGUCCUAGGUCCAGUAAUUCUCUUUUGUUUUGCCUAUUCCCCCCAGUGUAACCAUGAUAUAUCCUUACUAAAAUUGUGAGACUAGCAUGAAUCCAUGUGUUAGUGGCACAAUUUUGAUACAUCAUGGAUACACUGGGGAUCUAUAUCCAUCCCCUUCGAUGGCUUCCUUCUUUAGUGGUUCUAAAUGAAGAAGUUUUGCUUAGACAUAGGACCAGACUUCUCAUCCUUGUUUUGUUUUUGUUUACUUUCCAAAAUGAAAAGAGAACAUUUAAAAACAUUUACUCUGAAAAUGUUGAGAAAAAUACUGUUCUGAUACACAUGAUGGUUUUCU